AUGGGUCUUCUACCUCCUCGUAACAAGUCCAAGCUACUCUUCAAGUCGCGCUCUAGCGCAACCAAACGCACCAAAGAGGAUGCGACGUCUUUGCCACACGAAGCCCAGAAACUAAAGACAAAGAUCCUGACCGCCCACCCAGAGCCGCUGCUUCGCUUCAGUGUAAGUCGCAUGCGCCAUGUUGUGGCCCAGCCACCAGUGGAAAUCCCGGCUGAUCUCCGCAAAAAGAACCUCGUGUCCAGCCGUGUAGCGGGCCACAACGUGCCACUCACGCGUAAGAUGUGGGACUACCAGAUAAAGCGAUACAAGAAAAGCAAACUCGACAUCAUUGGAGAAGGAAUCUACUACGGGUGA